CGCGCGCACAGCGGCCCCAGGUACGCGGACAAGAUGGCGGCGGCAGCGGUCGACAGCGCGAUGGAGGUGGUGCAGGCGCUAGCGGAGGAGGCCGCGCCGGAGACGGCGGGCCUCAGCUGCCUGGUCAAUCUGCCCGGCGAGGUGCUGGAGUACAUCCUGUGCAGCGGCUCGCUGUCGGCGGCGGACAUCAGCCGCAUCUCCAGCACCUGCCGGCGGCUGCGCGAGCUGUGCCAGAGUAGCGGGAAGGUGUGGAAGGAGCAGUUCCGGGUGAGGUGGCCUUCCCUUAUGAAACACUACAGCCCCACCGACUACGUCAAUUGGCUGGAGGAGUAUAAAGUUCGGCAAAAAGCUGGGUUAGAAGCCCGGAAGAUUGUAGCCUCGUUCUCCAAGAGGUUCUUUUCAGAGCAUGUCCCUUGUAAUGGUUUUAGUGACAUUGAGAAUCUUGAGGGACCCGAGAUAUUUUUUGAGGAUGAACUGGUGUGUAUCCUAAACAUGGAAGGAAGAAAAGCUUUGACUUGGAAGUACUACGCAAAAAAAAUUCUUUACUACCUACGGCAGCAGAAAAUUUUAAAUAAUCUCAAGGCUUUUCUUCAGCAUUCUGAUGACUAUGAAUCGUAUCUUGAAGGUGCCGUGUAUAUCGACCAAUACUGCAAUCCUCUCUCGGAAAUCAGCCUCAAAGACAUCCACGCCCAGAUCGACAGCAUCGUGGAGCUCGUGUGCAAAACCCUCCGGGGCAUCAACAGCCGUCACCCCAGCUUGGCCUUCAAGGCAGGUGAGUCCUCCAUGAUAAUGGAAAUAGAACUCCAGAGCCAGGUGCUGGAUGCCAUGAACUAUGUCCUUUACGACCAGCUGAAGUUCAAGGGGAACCGGAUGGAUUACUAUAAUGCCCUAAACUUAUAUAUGCACCAGGUUUUGAUCCGCAGGACAGGAAUCCCAAUCAGCAUGUCUCUUCUCUACAUGACAAUUGCCCGGAAGUUGGGGGUCCCACUGGAACCUGUCAACUUCCCAAGUCACUUCCUACUAAGGUGGUGCCAAGGCGCAGAAGGGGCCACCCUGGACAUCUUCGACUACAUCUACAUCGACGCUUUUGGGAAAGGCAGGCAGCUGACGGUGAAAGAGUGUGAAUACUUGAUCGGCCAGCACGUGACUGCCGCACUAUAUGGGGUGGUGAACGUCAAGAAGGUGCUGCAGCGCAUGGUGGGAAACCUUUUAAGCCUGGGCAAGCGGGAAGGCAUUGACCAGUCGUACCAGCUCCUGCGAGACUCGUUGGACCUAUAUCUGGCAAUGUACCCGGACCAGGUGCAGCUCCUGCUGCUUCAAGCCAGGCUCUACUUCCACCUGGGAAUCUGGCCAGAGAAGUCUUUCUGUCUUGUCCUGAAGGUGCUUGACAUACUCCAGCACAUCCAAACCCUAGACCCCGGGCAGCACGGGGCGGUGGGCUACCUGGUGCAGCAUACCUUAGAGCACAUUGAGCGCAAGAAGGAGGACGUGGGCGUAGAGGUGAAGCUGCGCUCCCACGAGAAGCACAGAGACGUCUGCUACUCCAUCGGGCUCAUUAUGAAGCAUAAGCGGUAUGGCUAUAACUGUGUCAUCUAUGGCUGGGACCCCACCUGCAUGAUGGGACACGAGUGGAUUCGAAACAUGAACGUCCACAGCCUGCCUCACGGCCAUCAUCAGCCUUUCUACAAUGUUCUGGUGGAGGAUGGCUCGUGCAGAUACGCAGCCCAAGAAAACUUGGAAUAUAACGUGGAGCCUCAGGAGAUCUCGCACCCCGAUGUGGGACGCUAUUUCUCAGAGUUUACGGGCACUCACUACAUCCCCAACGCGGAGCUGGAGCUGCGGUACCCCGAGGACCUGGGGUCUGUGUAUGAGGCCGUGCAGAAUAUUUACAGCGCAGAGAAAGAGCAUGUGCAGUAAGUCCGGAGAGGACAGUCCCCGCCGCUGCCAUCUUCCAAGAGAGCAGGAUUCCGGGAGCAGCCUCCACGGACCCCCCUGGAGCCCCCCCCGCCAGGAAGGCCACUUAACCAGGAGUGCCGCCUGCCUCCUACCGAGUUAGACAACAUAUGCUGCCCUCCAGCUGCAAAGACAACGCCACUCUCCGCCUACACUAGUGAAUUCAUUUGAAAGGCACUGUGUUCAGUGGCAUGGCUUGUAUGCUCGUCCUGUGGUGACCGUUCGUGACAUUCUGUCUUCAUGAGGUCUCACCGUCGACACUCUUAUAACCGUUCUUUUUCCUCACUUUCCAUUUGUCUCUUAACAUUUGUCUCGGAACACUUUAUUUGCUGGACAGAUGGGGUUAUACGUUUGCAAUAAUUUCUUUUCUGAUUUCUCUGUGAAACACGUGCUAAGUCAGGACUGUUUGUCGUUUACCCUGAAUUUAGUUGCUUAUUCAGAGGUGAAGCUGUAAGUGAUCUUAGCAGCAUCUUGGAGAUUGAGACGUUAACAGACUAAUCAUUGACAUUUAUUUUUUUCUAAUAUUUGAAACAGAUUUUUCAGGCAUUUAUCGUUUUCUUUAUUUGAGUUAGGAGGAUAACACAGCUUUCCUUUCCAUGGUCCCCUCUUCGAGCUACACUCCUAUCUCUAUGAAUCAUUAGUUUUCUAGUUUAUUGCAUAAAAUUCUUUGAGAAAAUGCAUAGUAAUGGCCUUGGUGAUGGAUUUUAACAUGUUCAUCUACUAUUCCUUCCUUUAAAAUAACUUUUUUUUUUCUAGUUUAAAAAAUCUACUCCAGUAUCAUGAGUGGAUCAUUAAUCAGUGAUGGGUUCUCUUUAUAGUAGGAAGUACAAUCUAAUGAUAAACUGUUUGCUUUUAGAAAUGAUUCUCUGAGGUCUCCAAAGACAAAAUGAGAUUUCACUUUUGUAACCAGAAAAAAGAAAUAGUGAACCUUAAAAAUGAAAAAAAGGAAAAGAGGUUUUGUGCCCCCCUGUCAUUCACUUCAAGACCAUUUUGAAUGUGGCAGGGUAGAAAGAAAUAAAAUCGCUUUCAUUUUAAGAGAGUUUGACCCGUGGGAAAGGAAACUUGAGUGUCAUCUGCUUUCUCGAGCCACCCUUGCCAUGAGAGCAUCAGGAUGCAGCCUGUCCUCACGUCCCACGUCUUACUCAGAGCCCACCACUGGCUUCUUUCCCGUGUUAGUAACUGGCGCCAAGGUACCAAGUCCGCAUGCCGCUCUGGGACUGCCACCAUUUUCCACCUGCCAUGCCUCCAGUGAGCUAGUCUUGUAGUUCACCAGCAGAAGCUAACUUCUGGAGUUCGGACCUAGUUACUUUACUUGCUUUUAAGUUUAAAAGAAUCCAGUUUCUGUAGUGAACGAGGCUGUAGGGGGGCGGGGAUGCAGCCACGCCUUGCUGCUUGUCCCUCCAUUUGCAUGCAGUAUUUUCACACCAUAUUUGAUGACUGCCUCUUGUUUAUCCUUUGGAAACCCUGGGGUGACCGAGGUUUGGGGAAGCCGCCUGAGACACUUAAUAGCAAGUGACAGCUGUUUAGCAGUUAUUAGCAAAAGACGGGGAUUUGGGCACCCAACUCCUUCCAAGCCUGAAUUCGCUGUCGUCCAGUGUCCAUGUUUCUCGUCCGUCCAGUCCAAAGGCAGACGAUUUGGACUUGCAUUUGAAAUUGUGACCACUCACAGCGCCCGGCCUACCCAAGGCUGGGGGUUUUUACACUACUCUCCUCUAAAGGUGAAACUUAGAAAACGUGGAGUAACUAUUAACGAGAUGCAUUACUAAGAAACUGUGGAGCAUGCUGCGCGUUACAAUUGUUGGUUUUCUGGUUUGAUUCCUUUUUUCUUAAGAGUAACAUCCAAGCCACGAAAGAUGGUUUUACCUUUACUGACCCAAUGUAAAUAUGUAUCUAGACAGUUUUUAAAUGUGUUUCCCCGUGAAUGCUUCAUUUGGCUCCCGGAGGCCUGUCUCACCUGUGUAAGUUGGUAUUUGGGCACUUUAUAUUUUUCUAAAAACGUGUUUUGGAUCCUGUACUCUAAUAAAUCAUAAGUUUCUUUUAAAAAUUUUUCCAAAAGUUUUCAGACCUGUUAUAAAAGUAGAACUUUCACAAUGUUAAAAUAUUAAAUAUUUGGGUAUAGUAACUUCUCUUCAAAUGAAUGCCGAGAUUUUUUUUUUUUUUGUACAAUGAUUAAUAAAUGGAACUUAUCCAGAGAAACCGCACAAAUGGCAUGCCCGAUUUCAUUCCAGAACAGAAAGCCCCGCCACGACAACUGGCAAGCGUCUCACUUCUUUUUUGGUCAAAACAGGCAAACGUGCUCUGCUGUAUUUUUCUUAUUGUUGGUAAAUGAACAGGGUACCGUUAGACUAUGAUUUGCCUGCCACACGUGAAUUUUGUAAGCUCGGUAGUCAUCCUAAGAGUAUCUGGUUCUAAUGCAAAGACUGCAGCUUUUCAAUCAUGUGAAAGCAUGUGUUUGUAAAAUGAGCAUUGCAAACGUUUUGGGGGGGGAACCCCGGUUCGUGAUGUGUUGUGGACCUGAGAGCUGGGUGACCCACCGCAUUCCAGAAUGCCCUGCGGAGGCCCGCUGCGUGGCGAUGUCACUCAUACUGUGGAAGGCAAAGACAGUGGGCCAAACGGUCACCAGUUUCCUCCCCUGCAGUGCUUCUCAGAGCCCGUAAUGUGCUGCUGUGCACUGCGACUUCCCAAGAGGACAGCGUGGUGUGCCGGCCGUGUCUGCCUGACUUCUCAGACCCUGGAAUACACCGCCCCUAACACGCACACGCACACCCCGCAUCCCUGUGGUCCAGCGUUUGCAGACCCGCUUUGGGAAAUGCUGUCUCCGUGCGGCAGCAGUUAUGUCCAAAACCCGUCUGCCUUAUCGUCAGCCCAGGCUUGCCAGGCAUCUCGUUGGAAAACAUGAUCCAUCUAAUUGGAUUUCAGAAGGCCGGCUUUAUGUUGUCUCUGCCCGAACCCCAUCGUAGAUCUCCGUUCUAAGUGUAUUAACAGCCAAAAUGUUUUCUUGGGAAAACCAGCAUUAAAUAGUGUUGCUAAAUCAGUUUAACAUUUUGCAAUGCCUACUGAACCUCUUGUUCUAAUUUUCAAAUGUCUCCGUCUUCAUGUAGUAAAUGGAGCCGUGCUCUCAGGUUCUAGACUUUUUUUCUCCUGCUACCAUCGGAGUCCCUUUGCUGUAAAGGGGAAAUAUUUCUUUCUCUCAGUCCAUAUUCCGGGUAUGGGAAAUUGGAGUACCAGCAGCUUUUGAAUUUGAGAGGUUCUUGUGGCCCUAAUAACCCAGAUGUGGCGCUCACGUUUGUCUGUUGUUUCUCGGAGGGAAGGGGAGAAUGUUCACCUAUAUGAAAUGCGGAACUUGGCUGUGUGGCGGUUUAUUUUUGGAGACAUUAAUAGCUGUGUUGCAUGUUCUUACUUUGUAUUGCGUGCUUAUGUUGAGCCCGGCACUGCUGAUAGUCCUCAUGGCAACCCUACAAGGCAGAGCCAGGUAGUGGAUAUUUUUUGCGAGCUGCAUACGGUCUCUGUUACAUAUUCUUCUUUGUCUUUAAAAAUGUAAAAAAAAGACAAAAAAAACAAAAGCAUUCUUAGCUCGAGGGCUGUCCAGAAACAGGCCACAGGCUGGAUGUGGCCCGAGGGCCGUGGUUUGCUGACCCCGGCUGACAUUCAGGCCUGCCCGGCAUCCUGCUGCAUAGACGGGGCACCGAGACCACCUCCCUGCUUGUAGGUGGGAAACCUGCAGUUUGACAACCACACUACCGAUGAUUCUAGCAACUACCUCGCUAUGUUUUUAUCCUUUGCCUUGCAGCAACUUUGACUUGUAAUGUUUCAGUUCUGAAAAUUUAGAAUCUUGGGCGAAAAAGGACAUUCCUUUGGUGAUUAAAAUGAUGUGCAAUUAUAGCGUAAAUGUACUAUGGCCAUUUAGCAAUGACUGUAUUAGGGUAAUGCUAGUUCUGUAAUAAAUAGACCCAAAAAUAUA